UCACGGGUUAUGCAACCACAACAAUACACACAAUUCUCUCUCUCUCUCCCAACUCCAUCUCUAUAUCAAUAAAAAUCAUAACUUUUUGAGGAAAAUCAGGCUUCCAUUUUCCCACUUUGUUCUACUCCAUUUCCAAUGGCUCAUCCCCCAAAUCCAUCAACUCAAUCACUAAUUUUCUUGAUUGCUUCUCUUCUCAUCUCUUCUCUCUACACUGUCCAAGUUCAUGCUCUCAACAUCGGCCUUCAAGCAAAUCCCGGUCUCAGCUUGUUCAAGGAGUGCAGCAAAACAUGUGAAUCAAUGUUUUGUGACGCUGCUCCAUUUUUACGAUAUGGGAAAUAUUGUGGGCUUUUAUACACUGGAUGUCCAGGGGAGAAGCCAUGUGAUCGAUUGGACACUUGUUGUAUGAAUCAUGAUCAAUGCAUUUCAAAGAUGGGAAACGAUUACUUGAGCCAACAAUGCAACAAAGAAUUCCUGAAAUGUGUGGAUUCAUUCAAGAAAUCGAGAGCACCUUCAUUCAAAGGCAACACUUGUGAUGUUGAUGAUGUUAUCAAAUCCAUUAACAAUGCCAUGAAAGCUGCUAUCGUUGCAGGAAGAGUUUUUGGUAAACCUUAAAUAACAACAACAAUAACAACGUUAUUCUUGUGUAACAAAUUUCGAUCCCAUUUCUCAAUUUUAGUUUAUGAACAAUUCCUAUGUAUGUUUGUUUGUGUAAGGAUAAGAUUUGGCUUCUUGUUUGAUCA